UGCAGCUGGUAUAGGUGCCCCGGAGUUGCAGGGGCCGGAGUGGGCUGGGGGAGGGCGGACGGGCCCUCCUGUCCGGAGCAGCGGGGGCCGCCGCAGAGAGGAUGAGAAGGACCCGUUAGGGACUGGCCUGAAGGAGGGACCUCCCUCCAGCGCGGAAUGCAAUGUUAAUUCUGGGGCGUUGACAUCUUACAAUGCCUGAUCAAGACAGAAAGGUGAAGACAGAAAAAUCAACCGACAAAAAGCAGCAAGGAAUCACCACCACCAGGGACUAUUCAGAUCUUAAAAGACUUCGGUGCCUUUUGAACGUCCAGUCAAGCAAACAACAGCUUCCAGCCAUUACCUUCGAUAGUGCCCAAAAUAGCAUGACGAAGUCUGAGCCCGCCAUCAAGGAGGGUGGACACAGAGCUCGAGGUCAGUGGCACGAGUCCACUGAAGCUGUUGAACUUGAAAAUUUUAGUAUAAACUACAAGAAUGAGAGGAAUUUCAGCAAACAUCCCCAGCAUCAACUAUUUCAGGAGAUCUUUACAGCGUUGGUGAAAAAUAGGCUCAUAUGCAGAGAGUGGGUUAAUCGAGCCCCAUCUAUUCACUUUCUGAGAGUGUUAAUCUGUCUGAGACUACUCAUGAGGGAUCCAUGUUACCAGGAAAUACUCUACAGCUUGGGUGGCAUUGAAAGCCUAGCUCAGUACAUGGAGAUCGUGGCCACUGAGUACCUCAGCUACAGCGAGGAGCAGCACAGUGUGGGCAAGCUGGUCAACAUGACGUAUAUUUUUCAAAAGCUUGCUGCUGUGAAAGACCAAAGAGAAUGGGUCACCACGAGCGGCGCCCACAAGACAUUAGUAAAUUUACUCGGUGCCCGAGAUACCAGUGUUCUGUUGGGUGCCCUUCUGGCUCUGGCUAGUUUGGCUGAAAGCCCAGAAUGUAGGGAGAAGAUAAGUGAACUCAACGUUGUAGAAAAUCUGUUGAUGAUUUUACAUGAAUAUGACUUACUUUCCAAAAGGCUGACCGCGGAGCUGCUGCGCCUGCUCUGUGCCGAGCCCCAGGUGAAGGAGCAGGUGAAGCUCUACGAGGGGAUCCCCGUCCUCCUCAGCCUGCUCCACUCAGACCACCUGAAGCUGCUCUGGAGCGUCGUCUGGAUCCUGGUGCAGGUUUGCGAGGACCCCGAGACCAGCGUGGAAAUCCGCAUUUGGGGAGGCAUCAAGCAGCUCCUUCACAUCCUAAGAGGAGACAGGAAUUUUGUCUCUGAUCGCUCUUCCAUCGGGAGCCUGUCCAGUGCGAAUGCGGCAGGCCGAAUCCAGCAGCUCCACUUGUCAGAAGAUCUGAGCCCUCGGGAAAUACAGGAAAACACUUUCUCUCUCCAAGCAGCCUGCUGUGCUGCCCUCACCGAGCUAGUGCUCAACGACACCAAUGCCCACCAGGUGGUGCAGGAGAAUGGUGUGUAUACCAUAGCAAAAUUGAUUUUACCGAACAAACAAAAAAAUGCAGCAAAAACUAAUCUACUUCAGUGUUAUGCCUUCAGAGCCUUGAGGUUUCUCUUCAGCAUGGAAAGAAACAGGCCGCUCUUCAAAAGACUUUUUCCCACCGACUUGUUUGAGAUCUUCAUUGACAUAGGACAUUACGUGCGAGAUAUCAGUGCUUAUGAAGAAUUGGUCUCAAAGUUGAAUUUAUUAGUGGAGGAUGAACUGAUGCAAAUUGCUGAAAAUAUUGAAAGUAUUAAUCAGAAUAAAGCUCCUUCAAAAUAUAUAGGCAACUACGCCAUUUUGGAUCAUCUUGGAAGUGGAGCUUUUGGCUGUGUUUACAAGGUUAGGAAGCGUAGUGGUCAAAAUCUCUUAGCAAUGAAAGAAGUCAAUUUACAUAACCCAGCCUUUGGAAAGGAUAAAAAAGAUCGAGACAGCAGUGUGAAGAAUAUUGUUUCCGAAUUAACCAUAAUUAAAGAGCAGCUUUAUCAUCCCAAUGUUGUACGCUAUUACAAAACAUUUCUGGAAAAUGACAGGUUGUAUAUAGUUAUGGAGCUUAUAGAAGGAGCCCCUCUUGGAGAGCAUUUCAGUUCUUUGAAGGAAAAACAACUUCAUUUUACUGAAGAAAGACUAUGGAAAAUAUUUAUUCAGCUGUGCUUAGCUCUUCGGUACUUGCACAAGGAGAAGAGAAUCGUCCACAGAGAUGUGACGCCAAACAACAUCAUGCUGGGGGAUAAGGACAAAGUGACAGUGACUGACUUUGGCCUAGCAAAGCAAAAACAAGAGAACAGUAAACUCACAUCUGUUGUUGGAACAAUCCUGUAUUCCUGCCCUGAGGUGCUGAAGAGUGAGCCGUACGGGGAGAAGGCUGACGUCUGGGCCGCAGGCUGCAUCCUGUACCAGAUGGCCACACUGAACCCCCCCUUCUACAGCUCCAACAUGCUCUCCCUGGCUACAAAAAUCGUGGAGGCGGUGUAUGAGCCAGUGCCAGAAGGCAUCUACUCUGAAAAAGUGACAGAUACCAUCAGCAGGUGCCUCACUCCUGACGCAGAAGCCCGCCCAGACAUUGUGGAAGUCAGCUCCCUGAUAUCGGAUGUCAUGAUGAAGUAUUUAGAUAGCUUGUCUACAUCCCAGCUGGCCUUGGAGAAGAAACUGGAACGGGAACGGAGGCGCACACAGAGGUAUUUUAUGGAAGCCAACCGGAACACCGUCACGUGUCACCAUGAGCUGGCUCCACUGUCUCAUGAGACCUUCGAGAAGGCAAGCCUGAGCAGCAGCAGCAGUGGGGCAGCCAGCCUGAAGAGCGAGCUUUCGGAGAGCGUGGACCUGCCCCCCGAAGGGCUCCAGGCCCCCUGUGGGAGGGAAGACGACAGGGCCUGUGAUGAAAUCCUGUCGGAUGACACCUUCAACCUGGAAAACAUGGAGAAAGAUAUAUACUCAGAGCUAGACGAUGACUUGGACAUUUCAGACAACUCCAGCAGCUCCAGCUCCAGCCCUUUGAAAGAAUCUACAUUCAGCAUUUUAAAGAGAAGUUUUAGUGCUUCAGGAGGAGAAAGACAAUCCCAAAUGAGGGACUUCACUGGGGGAGUGGUAUCAAGACCAAGACCAGCUUUGCUGCCUCUUGACCUGCUUCUGAAAGUGCCACCCCUCAUGCUCAGAGCCCACAUUAAGGAGGUAGAGGCCGAGCAAGUGACGGGGUGGCAGUCCCACAGCCUCCCCACUGUGAUCCUCCGCAAUCUCAAAGAUCAUGCAUCUGCAGGGAUCGCUGUGUCCCAGAGGAAAGUCCGUCAGAUCAGUGAUCCCAUUCAGCAGAUCUUAAUUCAGCUGCACAAAAUCAUCUACAUCACGCAGCUUCCUCCAGCGCUGCACCACAAUUUGAAAAGAAGGGUCAUAGAGAGAUUCAAGAAAUCCCUCUUCAGCCAGCAGAGUAACCCUUGUAAUUUGAAAUCUGAAAUUAAAAAGUUAUCUCAGGGAUCUCCAGAACCCAUCGAGCCCAACUUUUUCACGGCGGAUUAUCAUUUAUUACAUCACUCAGCAGGUGGGAACAGUCUGUCCCCAAACGAACCACCAGGCCUCCCCACCAGCUGUGACUUGGAGGAGGGAAUAACAUAUGAGCAGAUGCAGACUGUGAUUGAAGAAGUCCUAGAGGAAAGUGGUUAUUACAAUUUUACUUCUAAUAGGUAUCACUCCUAUCCAUGGGGGACCAAGAACCACCCAACCAAACGAUGAAAAUGCUGCACUUUGAAUGAGCGUUCAAGUUCGGAACUUGUGCCACCACUGCAAGAUGCCUGAGGACUGGGUGCUGUUAAAAGAGUGUAGAGGAGAAAAGACCACAAUGCCAUAGUGCCGGCAGGACCUCUUUAUGGAGGUCUGGUGCUAGGCUCUGUGAGGGCUGCAGUGCUUGGAGGCUCAAUUCCUGGGAUGCAAUAUACAUGGGGCGACAGGGCUUCCAGUGUGCUUCUGGGAGAAGAUGCUGCAAAUUCACCUGCAGGACGAAAACCCACUCCUCACAGAACUUUCCUCCAAGUUAGAAAAAAUGAACAUCUUGUCAUAUUUUUCAAAGAAAUAUUUUAUACUUAGAAUUGCUAAGUUCAGAGACAUCUAUCUUUCCAUGUAUAUAAAAUAGUUUUAGUUAAAGAAAAUUAUAGGACUCAAAAUAAUAACAUAUUGGGUGAUUCACUGUAUCUCCCAUUUUUUUUAAAUCUUAAAAGAUAUUUAAAAUGUGAUUGAAUUUUUUGUUUGUUUUAAUGAAAGGAUUGGUUCUCUCUUAACCACUUGGGUGCUAGUGGUCUUGAACCCAGAUACAGUGUAGACAGUAUUGUAACCUUGCACAGCCUCUGGGAAUAAUUAUCAAAUAGUCAUAUUUAAGUUAGAGUAAGAGAAUAUAUGGAUGUACAGUGUGUAUAUGUACAUAUGAGUGGGGGCAGAGGGGAUUCGGAUUAGUCUAAUGCUUUGCUGCUAAUCAAACUUAUAGUGUUUUUAGAGCACUUUGAAGAGUUCAUAGAAUCUAUGAGAGAGAUGCAAUAUUUCUUGUUCUAAGUCCCCCCUUACUAAAAUUACAUUGUUAUAAAAUUUUUAUUGUUGAAAAUUUGAAAUGAAUACAAGUUAUAUAAUAAAAUCAAAGUUCCUUGAUUCAUUGAGACAUCCCUUAAAAAGAGAAAUCAGAAUACCAAACAGUGUCCCAUUCCUAUAUAGAAAGAAUUUAUGAUGGAAACUUUCUAGAUUUUUAUUAGUCUUCAAUUGGCUUCUUACAACUACUAUAAUGUCAAGAAAUGCCCUUAUUGUCAAAUCAGACUACACUUCUAACUCCUUAAAGAAUAUUUUAAUGCUAUAUAAUUACUAAUCUGAAAUUAGGCUUUUUGUUUACUUUUCACUGAGUUGUUAUUUUUAUUUAUAUUGGUGUAUUUUUAGCACAAUUGAAUAAAGUUAGUUCAAUAUAUUUAUAAUAGUUAAAACACUAACCUUUUGUAUAGAAUGGGAAAAUAUUUUAAUGUGAAUCCAUCUUUUUUUUUUUUUUUUACAAUUAGCAUGUUUAAUACUUAAACAAUAUCCAAAUUCCCUUUAGCUAAUGCCUUUGAAGACUGUCAAUGAAUUGUUGUCUUUAAGCCAAAGUAAUAAAAAUUACAGUGCAAUUUAUAGAUUCACAUCUAAUUUAAAAUCAUAGAUGUAAAUAUAGUAAUGACAAUUUCAUUUUCAGCUUUCAAACCAAUUCCAUCCAAAUGUGAAAUUUACACUUGAAAUAAAAAUGCUGUGGUUUUGUUGAUUUAAACCAAGCAAAAUUUUAUUCCUAUUCCAUUUAAUUUGAACCUGAACUAUUACUUUUCAUGUUUGUUUUUUUUUAAAUAUAUGGAAUGGGCACAUUUUUUCAUUGUAUAGGAGGUAUGGGCCUAGAGGGGCAGUACUUAGAAAUAAACCAAGCUAUGUGGUGAACAUUUGAACAAUUAAGUUCUUUAUCAAAUGACAAUAGAUAGAAAAGAAUAGUCUUCAGCGGUCACAUGUUAGUUAGAGAAGAGACAUUCUGUAUUGAAGGUGAUCUUCAAUGCAUGCAGUCAAUCUCAUGAAUGAACUGAGCAGACGAUUUCCAUCUCACACUUUCAGGCCAGAGGAACGGCAUGGAUUAUUAGGAGCCAAUAAAAACAAACAAAAAUAAGCAAAUGUGUGGCUUUUUCAGCAGCAGCUUCAGGCCCAUCACUGAUAAGUGGAUUAUUUUGCCAAAAUAAUGGAUGUGUGCUGUUUGAAUCCCUCCCUCUACCAGUUAUUGAAUCAACAUUCUCCCAGGCAAGAAUGAGCCUUUAAGAGGAAGUUAGGUCCUGGUAAAGGAACCCCCUUUUUUUUUUUGCAUGGAGGCACAUCCCAGCAGCAAAGUCAACUUUCAAAAGCCUUGUCUUUCAAAUUUUAUUUAGCUCCACUCCCCCUUACAAGGAAACAAGAAGGAUCAUUUUGUUUUGACGUUGGAACUGUCUUCUAGUGCAAAGAAAUUGUUACUUGAACUCUAGAGACCUCUUCAUCUUUCUUGAUUGCACUUCCAGAAUUUCUCUUCCUUUUGUACAAGUUUUAAUUAUGUGUUGUGUAAUGAAAUCCCUGUUAAUCUAUCUCAUGCUCAGUCACUGAAUAUUUCUGUGGAACAGAAGAUGAGUCAAUCUUUUCAGAUCACCUUUGUUGCACAGACAUUUCAGUGACUUAUGUUAUGAUCCACCAGCUCUAUCUGAAUAUGUAUAUUUGAAACCUUAGUUUGCUUCUUCAAAAAAAGAAAAAAGAUGUUCCUUCUCAGGGAAGUGACUGCAGUAGGCCUAUAAGCUUCCUGGUUGUCAACCUUCUCUUCUUCUAGAUAUAUUUCAUUAGAGAUCUUCAGGACAUAGUAUAAUAAUAUGCGCACUAGACCCAGUGUUCAUGGAGGAGUUUCAGAAAUCUAGAGAAAUGUGGAUACUGGUGAAGCAGUGGUCAGUGUGUACAAUCUGCUUCGGCAUUCUGAAGCGGAACCUCAUUAGCAAACACUGUUAUAAAGUUUACCCAAAUGGUUGAACUGAUUAGGAGUUAAGGUCUUCCUAGAGGUACCAUUUAUGACUUAAGAAAUA